AUGGCGGGCGAUCUCCUGAUAACUAGGGCAAACCUGCCUCUCCUCCUCCUGGUGAUCCUCUCCUCCACCGCCGUCCACGGCGUGCCGUUGCCGGACCCAUGCGCCGGCCGCCGCAUCCACGUCCGGCGCCUCCCGGCGCGCUUCAACACGGACCUCCUCCGCCACUGCGACGGCGCCUUCCCGCUGGCCGACCACCCCUUAGCCACGCCCUCCUGCGCCUCGCUCGCCAACCACGGCCUCGGCCCGCGCACCCACAACCGCUCCCGCUCCUGGUACCGCACCGACGUGCGCCUCCUCGAGCCCUUCUUCCACCGCCGCCUCCUCGACCGGGACUGCCUCGCCGACGACCCCGCCCGCGCCGACGCCGUCUUCCUCCCCUACUACGCCUCCCUCGACGCGCUCCCCUUCCUCCUCGACCCCGCCAUGCUCAACUUCUCCGGCGCGCACGGCGCCGCCCUCGCCCAGUUCCUCGCGACCGACCGCCCGCGGGUCCUCGCCCGGCGCCACGGCCACGACCACUUCCUCGUGCUCGCCGGCCCGGCCUGGGACUACGCGCAGCCGGCCGACACCGAUCCCAGGCUCUGGGGCACCACCUCGCUGCUCCGCCGCCCCGAGUUCGACAACUUCACCUUCCUCACGCUCGAGUCCCGCGCGUGGCCGUGGCAGGAGCACGCCGUGCCGCACCCGACGUCCUUCCACCCAUCGUCCCUCCCACGGCUCCGCGCAUGGAUCGCCCGCGCGCGCCGCUCGCGCCGCACGGCGCUGAUGCUCUACGCCGGCACCGUGACCAGGCCGUCCCGCCCCAACAUCCGGAGCUUCAUCCUCGCCGAGUGCGCGAACCGCACCGACACAUGCACCGUCGUCGACUGCCAUGGCGGGUCCUGCGCGCUCGACCCGGUGCGCUCCAUGCGGCCCAUGCUGAAGGCCAAGUUCUGCCUGGAGCCGCCGGGGGACACGCCGACGCGGCGUUCGACGUUCGACGCGGUGGUGGCCGGGUGCGUGCCGGUGUUCUUCGAGGACGCGUCGGCGAGAACGCAGUACGGGUGGCACCUGCCGCCGGAGAGGUACGAGGAGUUCUCGGUGACCAUACCCAAGGACGCGGUGAUGCUGGGGGGCGUGCAGAUCAUGGAGACCCUGGCGGCGGUGCCGGAGGAGGAGGUGGCCAGGAUGCGGGAGCGGCUUCUGGAGCUGGCGCCGAGAGUGGUCUACCGGCGGCACGGUAGCGCGGCAGAGAGGAUGAGGGAGGCGAGCAUGGACGCGGUGGACAUUGCCGUGGAGGGCACGCUGCGGAGGAUACGUGGGCGGGUGCGCGCUCUGGAGGAUGGCCGGCCGGAGGCCAUGUACGCCAUGGAGGACGACGACCAAGAGAUCUAGCUUGCUCAUCGUAUUCUUCAUGUGGAUGUAAUCCUGCAACGCAACAGAUGUAUCCAAAUGAUAAAUGCCACACAUGUGACACCAAGUAACAGCGCCCUGCGGUUUUGAUGUUG